AUGUCGACUACGAAUGGCACUUCUAGGAGCGUUUCAGCAAUGGGAAAUCCGGCAGUUGAGAGGUAUACUCCGGGAAAAAUUGUCUGCGUGGGGACGCAUAAAGUCGAGAUUGUAAAUUAUUUAGCAGAAGGUGGCUUUGCUCAAAUUUACGUGGUGAAGUUUUUGGAGUAUUUGAAUGAAUUCGAUAAUACAGCGAGUCUGCCCUUAAAGAUUGGAGAUGUCGCAUGCCUAAAAAGAGUGUUGGUUCAUGAUGAGAAUGGAUUGAACGAGAUGAGAAACGAAGUGGAGGUGAUGAAGAAACUGAAAGGCGCUGCCAAUGUAGUACAGUAUUACGAUUCUAAUGCUUCUCGUCGUCGGGAUGGUGUUCAAGGGUUCGAGGUUCUUUUGCUCAUGGAAUUGUGUCCAAAUAAAUCUCUACUAGACUACAUGAACCAACGAUUGUCAACCAAGUUGUCGGAGUCAGAAAUUGUGAAAAUCAUGUACGACGUUGCUCUUUCAAUCUCACAGAUGCAUUAUCUUCCUGUACCCUUGAUUCAUCGUGAUAUCAAGAUUGAAAAUGUCUUGGUUGAUGCUGAGAAUAGUUUUAAACUGGCUGAUUUCGGGUCUACUUCAACAAGUUUUCCAAUUGUGACGACCCACCAAGACAUUGCUCUUUUGACUCAAAACAUUUACGUCCAUACCACUCCUCAAUAUAGAUCUCCAGAAAUGAUUGAUCUCUACCGAUGCUUGCCCAUAAACGAGAAGUCCGAUAUAUGGGCUUUAGGUAUCUUCCUUUAUAAAUUAUUGUUUUUCACUACGCCUUUUGAGAUGACAGGUCAAUUUGCCAUUCUGCAUUCCAAAUAUGAAUUCCCCGUGAAUAAGUAUUCAUCAAAGCUAAUUAACUUAAUUAUCAUAAUGUUGGCAGAAAACCCAAAUUUGAGACCCAAUAUUUAUCAAGUGUUGUACCAUAUAUGUGAUAUUUUGAAUGUCGAAGUGCCAAUCGAGGAUAAAUAUCAGGAAGGUGCGUAUGACUUUGCUAAGUAUACCAAGUUUCAGAAUAAGUUACAAAAUGUUCAAAUACAAUUGUACCAACUACAGCAAAAAAAAAUCAUGCAGAACAAUAAAUUGAGUGAGUCAGAAGAAAACCUGUUGAAUGAUAUGUUUCUUUCCUCUUUUGAAGUUUCAUCUAAACUUCCAAUGAAUGCUAGUGAUGGUACUGUGAUAACCGGAAGAACAUCAUCCCAACCCAUCAGUAAAAAAACUGAAGAAAAGGAAGAAGGCUCUUCCGAAAAGAAAAAGUCCACCGUGUCUGAAGACAAAACAUCAAGAAAUACUUCCAGCGUUACUGAUUCCAGCACGCUUAAUGUUCCUCAGGAAGUUAAUACAAUUCAGUCUCCAGGAAUAGCAGACAAGUCGAUUUUUGAUGAUAAAACUCCUGGAGAGUUAUAUUAUCCAAGUGUGAGCGAAUUAGAUACUUAUCUAGACAAAGAAAUAGUGAAGCAGCCAAGUGACCCGAGUGUAUCUGAUCAAAACCCUCAUUUGAAUACACAGUCACUCCCACAAAGACAGAAGAGUACAAGCUCAUAUUCUUCUGGUGGGAGAUCGAUGAAGAGUACAUCUUACGGGGCAGCAACCAUUGGAUCAGACGAGGCGUUGACAAACGAAAAAAAUGUUGGGAUCAAUAAAAUGAAACAGCAUAAAUCAAACAAUCCCUUCCCAAAAAUGAAUGUUGCUUAUCAUUCUACAAAUGAAUUGAGUAAUGAUGCCAGUAAUUUCUUCUUGGAAGAACAACAGCAAAACCAAAGAUCUCAACAAGCACAAAAUCAGCCUAGCGCACAAGGGCAAACUUAUCCAGAAGAAGCCCAAUAUCAAUCUAGGGUAGAACAACAACAGCAACCACAGCAGCAAGACCAGCCUCAAGCGCCCGCUAAUUAUAACCAAAGAGCGUUUUACACUGGAAGAGAUCGAGCCGGUCAAUCCAUGCAGUUGGGUGCAACUGUUGCAGGUGAUAGCAAUAGAAGGGUCAACUUCCAGAAUAUUUCUCAAAACUAUGUUGCUAACUCUCAAUCAGGAUAUCUUCCAGGUCAAAAUUCCUCAGCAAAUCCGAUUGGAAGACCUAUCAUUCCCAUGAACCAGCAACAAGCGCAGCAAAUUCAAGCGCAGCAAUUACAAGCUCAGCAAAUUCAGGCCACGCAGCAAAUUCAAGCCAAGCAGCAAAUUCAAGCCAAGCAGCAAAUUCAAGCGCAACAGCAAAUGCAAAUUCCAAGUGCUAGUAAAAAUGCCAGUUACAUUUCAGGCAGAGCAAACCAAACCACGGAUGAUACCAGAAAUUCCCAGGUAGGUGAGCCUACGGUUACAAUGGGCAAUACUCUCAAUGAGCCAAUGCAUUCGUCGACCAACAAUGAAGGUCUUCUGAUUGAGCUAUCGCCUUUGAAAGAAGAUGCAAGAAAGGAACCUUUUGAAGAUAAAAAAGUACCUCAACCCGGGGCUCCGGAAGACGCAGGGAUUAAAGGAAGUAAUGGUCUGAACAAUUAUCGAAAUGGUGUUCUUAAUCUAAGUUUGAAUGAAAUGGACUUGUCACGAGACGAUACUGGUGCUGCAGUUUCUUCUUCAUUUUCUUCGUCUUCGUCAUCAUCUUUAUCAAUUCAACCGGCUAAACUUUCUGGACGUAAAGGAACGAGCAAGAAGAAGAACUAUUCCACAGACGAGUUGGACGACAGUAUGGUCUCUAGUGAAAGUAUUGAUAUUGAUCUGGACGAUGCAAGAAGAGGUAAAGCGUCUGAAAGAAGGCCGCUGCAUAAUGAAAGAAAUCGUAAAGAACUACCAAGAGCAACCGAUGCUAAAAAGCCGAAUCAAUUUGAGGACAAGGAUCACAGUGCAUCUACGAGGCAGCCCCGCCAACCGUUGGAUUUGAACUUCCAGGAAGUAAACCUCUCCUCUCCAACAUUAACUCAAGAGCACAGAAAUAAAUCUGACUCACCAGCUCCGCAAUCACAUCACUCGCACAGAGUUCCGCCUCAUUCUUCCACCACAAUAAGUGAAAAUAAGCGCCACAGCACAGGUCAUGAAUCAACCCGAUCAAGCGGUAAGCAUGAUAUGCAUAGGACCAAUUCCAAGCCAAGACACGACUUGGAAAGAUACAGGCAAUCCAAGGAUAGGGACAGCAAUAGCAGCAUCACGAUCAGUACAUCGACUCCAUCGGAAAUGAGGAAGUCCUUUGCUAGAGCCCGCCAAUCACUGGACCUCGAGAGAAUUCGUCGUGAAGCGACGGCAAAUAACGGAUCCGGAAGUGGUGGCAGUGGUGGGAAAAGACGGUCUAUUUUCUCAGUAUUUAGAAGUGAGAAAUGA